AUGCCGCAAAUAAUGGAGGUUGAUGGUUUUGAGAUAAUUAAUGGGAAACUUUUGACUACGAAACUUAUUUAUUUGCCAAAAGACACAAUCUUAACAACUUCAGAAUCUGAUGAAUUAAAUACCAAACAGCCUUUUUCUUUGAUCCAACAAGAACAAGGCCCAUAUCAAUAUCAAGAGGUUGAUGGUUUUGAGAUAAUUAAUGGGAAACUUUUGACUACGAAACUUAUUUAUUUGCCAAAAGACACAAUCUUAACAACUUCAGAAUCUGGUUUUCGUGGCCCAUUUUGUUGA